AUGAACUUAUAUACUCUAAUCGAUCCUUCUUGGCUUGUUAGAGCUAAAGAAGAAUUUGACCAAUCCAAACCUCUCAAUAACAUUCUCAAAAAUGUACCACUCAUCAACCACACAACAAAAGAGCACAUAGACAAAAUAACCUUCUACAAAUCAUUACUGUGUAAUCGUUUGAUUACCAUCAAACAAUUCUACGAGCAUACUACUAAGGCAGAGACAUUCAAGUCCCUCUAUAUACGACACCAUUCAAUACUUAUUGAAUGUAUUACUAUUAUUCAAAGACGCGACGAAGAUUUACUAGACCAAUAUCUCCAAGACUUGGUCCCUGGUCACGACCGAUCCCAAAUAAUAUCACCACCAAUUUCUUUUACUAAUCUUCUCACUAAUCGUUCUUCUACGCAAAGUACUGAUCAACAACAAAGCGCUACACCACUACAUGCUGCACCACAGCGACCACAACAAAGCGCUACACCACUACAUGCUGCACCACAACGCCAGCCACAACAAAGCGCUACACCACUACAUGCUGCACCACAACGCCAGCCACAACAAAGCGCUACACCACUACAUGCUGCACCACAACGCCAGCCACAACGCCUACCUCAUCAAGAUGUUGCACCACUACAUUCUGCACAAUUAAAUCCACCUCCUCACCCAAAACUUGGCAGGCCUAAGAGAUCCGUGCCUCCUACUCUUAAGCAGACUAUCUUAGCAUUAUUCGAACAGCAUGGUCGUCAUGGAGUUUCCCAAACUUAUGAGCUCUUAACAGCAGAUAUUGCUUAUGCGCAAUCCCAUUUAAUUGAUUUUCAAAAUAUGAAGUCUGGCAAUAUCCCCCAUCCUACACCUACGCAGCAGUGGUUCGAAAACAUUAAUCGGGCGCACCAGCUUAACAAUAUCACAAACUACAUCCCCUGUGAAUUAAAUCCCGAUGAUCCACCAGUUUCAUAUCCCCAGCAGCUUCUCAAUAUUCAGUAUCUCCCCGAUCCCCUCCCUCAGAUGCCCUCUCACCAUAUGGUUCAGCGUGUCUUUGAAGAACUCGGAAAGAUGGAGCGGCGUGGACCCAGAAAGCCAAAAGGAAGAACCCGGUAUGUGGCGUGCCUACCCAAUCAAAUCUGGCACGUCGACAUACACUUCCUUCAUGGGAACAGGAACGAGAUCCUCUACGCCGCAAUAG